UGUAAAACCAACAUGGCGGCCGCCUGCGCCAGAACCGUCUGUAAGGUCGGCUGUAAUAUUUUGCAGUCUCCAGCCUCCCGCCGGACCGGUACCGUCUCCUACCUGCUGGGCAAUGUGAGCGCACACGGGUCCAGGAGGGCGUACGGUACCGGCGGUACCGGCGGGCCCGGGCUCCGCUCCAAGCUGCUCUCCUCCCUGCGGGCAGGAGGAGGCAGGGUGCUGGGCUGCGCCGUCCUGCUCGGUGGAGGUCUGGGUUUGUACAACACUGUGAAGUUCAGUUUCCAGCAGCACCUGGCCGAGGAGGAGCAGCAGGUUUCCAGAGGAGGAGGUGUGAAGUUGACUCUGUACCAGUACAAGACCUGCCCCUUCUGCAGCAAGGUGCGAGCGUUUCUGGACUACCAAGGGCUGCCGUAUGAGAUCGUGGAGGUGAACCCGGUGAUGAGGCAGGAGAUCAAGUGGUCUGCCUACAGAAAAGUACCGAUUCUGAUGGUGGAUGGCGAAGUGCAACUGAAUGACUCGUCUGUCAUCAUCAGCUCCCUCAAGACAUUUUUAAUCAACAAGGACAAAAGUAUGUCUGAGAUCCUUCGCUGCUACCCCGAGCUAAAGUCGGUGAACGACAGUGGGAAGAAGGUGACGGAGUACUCCAACAAGUACUGGUUGAUGCUGAGUGAGGCCGAGACCACUGCAGUUUACCCCGAGAAGGGAAUGCAGAAAGAGGAGAUGAAAUGGCGUCAGUGGGCCGAUGAUUGGCUCGUGCAUCUUAUAUCUCCCAACGUGUACCGAACUGCCGGUGAGGCCCUGGCCUCCUUCGACUACAUCGUACGCGAGGGCAAGUUCAGUACUUUCGAAGGUUUCUUUGCCAAAUAUGUCGGCGCCGCGGCCAUGUUUCUCAUCUCCAAAAGGCUGAAAAGUCGCCACAACCUGCAGGACGAUGUCAGGCAGGAUCUGUACAAGGCAGUCGACGACUGGGUGGCAGCCAUCGGGAAGAAGAGGAAGUUCAUGGGUGGAGAUCAACCCAACCUGGCCGACCUGGCAGUGUUUGGUGUCCUCAGAGUGAUGGAGGGCCUGCAGGCGUUUGACGACAUGAUGGAGAACACCAAGGUCAAACACUGGUACAGACGCGUGGAGAGAGCCUCGCUCAACCACGAGGGCCGCGACUGAAGCAGGAGUGAAGUGGAACGGGUGAAGGAGACCACGGGAGGCCACAGGAGACCGAGUGCUUCCAGCUUCAAAAAGACUGAACAGUAAACCGCCAGAGAGACGGUGACCAGCAUCAGGAGGCAAGAAGUCCUGCUUUGAACGGUCGCUACUGCCCUGAUUGAUUUCCUGCUCGACAUACAUGAGUUUCAACCUGUUGAUUUGUAUGAAUGAGUUAACUGCAGACAUUUAUGUAGAUGAUACACAUGAAUAUACUGUUGCCAGAUAUCUGAUAUCUGACCAUUUAAUGAGCGAGCUGCUUGUGGAGAACCUAUCGACUCUGCUGUUCAUUUAAGAGCAUUUUACUGGCAUCUACUGGUGAACUGUGGUAACUGAACAAUAUUAUAUAUUCUUGAAAUAUACUUGACAGUAAAGUCAUGUUUUCACAAUACAACAAAAACCAAUAAGUCAGCCUAUCUUGGUUCAGCAAUCUUGAUUUUCCUGCAAAUGUUUCUUUAUUUUGUGUUAUGUGAAGGUGAAACUAUCACUGUCCCUUUUUAAUAGUCUAACAGCCCACAGGGUUUUUCAUGCUGAUCUAGAAAUCAUUUUACCUAUUUCCAGGCCUUGAAUUUGUGUCACAUGAAACAACAGAAAUGUUGCAGGAUGAGUUUCCAGAACUGGCCCUGAUACUGCUUCAUCAAAGCAUUACCACAAACCUGAAGGACACACACAAACAAAAAGACCAAUGUCAACACUGAAGUUUACAAUGCUUAUAUUUCACAUUCAGUACUGUAUAUUGUUCUAGAUUAACAUGGUCUACUACUGUGGUUCUCAACCAAAGAUUGGGGGCUCCCAGAGGGAUUUACUCAAAUAUUUGCCCAUUUUUCCUCUCAAAUAUUUGUCUUUAGUUUUAGCUCUCAGCCUCAUCUGACUGCAGAAACGGAACUGAAAUUGGCCUAGUUACUCUCAGAUUGCUCAGCAAAUUUAUAAUUGCCUUUAAAAUCACCUUAAAUUAAGACACGUUGUUGCUCUGGAAAAACUGCUUAUUUGGAUUUUUUUCAAGGUUCAGUAGACUUUGUGUUUACUUGGCACAGACACCCUGAGAUCAGGUUAUCUCUGUGGUUGUAUCUUUGUUUCUCUGUGUAACUGAUGCAAGAUCAGUCUGGCAGAAUCAGUACGCUCAUCGGCUGGUGUUCACUUCCUGGGGUAAAAUAAGAUAAGAACUGGUGAGCCAGUUUGAAUGUAAUUAAUAUGCAAACUGCAGAUCAAUUUCUGAAUUAAUUGUAUUAAAACCACCUUGAUGUGCAUAGUUGUAAAAAGGUAAAAUAAAAAAGGAAACCUU